AUGAAAUGCUAGCUUUGCUUAAAAAGUGAUAAUGGAUGUUACUUUACAAAAAAAUCUCAUGUUUAUGUAUUUUGUGGCACAUAUGAAUAGAAGUUAGGAUCAGGCACAUUAUCAGACCCUUAUAAUUUGUUUAAAAUUUCUUAACUUGAAGAGUACAAUCAAUUCUUUGGAAUUUAUGACACUGACGAUUAAGGCUGA